CUCCCUCCCUCUCUCUCUCUCUCUCUCUUUCCGUUCGGCGAGGCAGAAGGUGGAGGAGCAGGAGGGCCGCGUGGAGGGUGACGCUCAACUGCCAGGAUGCAGAUUUUUGUGAAGACCCUGACGGGCAAGACCAUCACCCUUGAGGUGGAGCCCAGCGACACUAUCGAGAACGUCAAGGCGAAAAUACAGGAUAAGGAAGGUAUCCCUCCCGACCAGCAGCGUCUGAUCUUCGCGGGGAAGCAGCUGGAAGACGGCCGCACGCUCUCUGACUACAACAUCCAGAAAGAGUCCACUCUUCACCUCGUCCUUCGUCUCCGCGGUGGGAUCAUCGAGCCCUCUCUCCGCCAGCUCGCCCAGAAAUACAACUGCGACAAGAUGAUUUGCCGCAAGUGUUACGCCCGCCUGCACCCCCGUGCCGUCAACUGCCGCAAGAAGAAGUGCGGCCACACCAACAACCUGCGCCCCAAGAAGAAGGUCAAGUAGACAGAGAGAUACAGAGAGAGAGAGAGCGCGCACGCGACGGGGGGCUCUCUUCUCCCUCCCCCCUAAAAUCUGGGUAUCGUGCUACUUUGCUGAAACCUGCUACCACCUGUUCAGUUUGGGCAUUUCUGUUUCUUGCCCGCUAGAAUAAAACUUCCCAUUGCACCAAG